AUGGCCGAGCUAUCGACGACGGCCGAGAAGCAGUCGCUCUCGGGCGACCUGCACGCCGACAAGCCCGCCCUCGACCCCGAGCUGCAGCGGAUCGCCCAGCUGUCGGCCAAGCUCGAGAACCCGCUCUCGGGCUUCUCCACCCACGAGCUCGUCCUCCAGGCCGAGGAGUUCUGCCAGGCCCACGGCUUGACCGACCAGCUCGAAAACUUCAAGCGAGGCGCCAUCCUGGCUGCCAACCCCCACGACCUGGACCGGAUCCCGGCGAUCACGGCGGAGGAGCGCCAGUUCAUCGACUGGGAGAGCAGCCGGCGCUGGAAGCAGCCGCGAAUGAUGUACUUCAUCGCCGUGCUGUCCUCGAUGGCCGCGAUCGUCCAGGGCAUGGACGAGGCCGUCGUCAACGGCGCCCAGAUCUUCUACUACGACCGCUUCGGGAUCUCCGACUCGUCGCGGCGGACGGCGAUGAUCCAAGGGCUCGUGAACAGCGCGCCCUACCUCUGCUGCUCGGCGACCGCUCCGAUCUACACCGCCGAAUGCGCGCCGGCGCCUAUCCGGGGCGCCUUGGUCAUGCAAUGGCAAAUGUGGACCGCCUUCGGGAUCGCGCUGGGCGACAUCGUCAGCGUGGUCUUCAUGGACAUCGAGCCGGACGUGGCCUGGAGAUUGAUCCUGGGCUCGACGGUCGUGGCGCCGGUGCUGGUGUGCUGCAUGAUAUACUGUGCGCCGGAGUCCCCGCGCUGGUACAUGUCGAAGGGGCGGGUGGCCGAGGCGUACCACGCGAUGCGCAAGCUGCGCUUCUGCGACCUGCAGGCCAGCAGGGACCUGUUCUACAUCGCCAAGCUGCUCGAGAUCGAGAACCUGUCCCUCGAGGGCCGCAACCUGCUCACCGACAUGUGGCGCGUCCCCCGCGUCCGCCGCGCCGCCCAGGCCUCCGGCCUCGUCAUGUUCAUGCAACAGUUCUGCGGCGUCAACGUCAUUGCUUACUACAGCUCGCAAGUGUUCAUCGAGGCGGGCUUUUCGCGCAAAGAUGCGCUCCUGACGACGAUGGGCACGGGGCUGGUGAACUGGGUGUUUGCGAUCCCGGCGCUGUACACGAUUGAUACCUUCGGGCGACGGAACCUGCUGCUGGCGACGUUCCCGGCGAUGUCGGCGUGUCUGUUUGUGACGGGGAUGGCCUUCUUCAUCCCGGUCGACGGGCCGGACGACCACCGGCGCGUGGGCGUCGUGGCCGCCGCGAUCUACCUCUACAUGGCCUUCUACAGCCCGGGCGAAGGCCCCGUGCCGUUCACAUACAGCGCCGAGGCCUUCCCGCUGUACAUCCGCGACUUCGGGAUGUCGUACGCGACCGCCGUGUGCUGGUUCUUCAACUUCGUCCUCGCCAUCACCUUCCCGCUCAUGCUGACGGCCUUCAAGCCGCAGGGCGCCUUCGGCUGGUACGCCGCGUGGUGCCUCAUCGGCUGGGUCGCCGUCUUCUUCACCCUGCCGGAGACGAAGGCGCUCACGCUCGAAGAGCUAGACUACGUCUUCUCCGUCCCGACCGCCAAACACGCCUCCUACCAGGUCAAGAACUUCAUGUGGUGUUUCCGCAAAUACGUCCUCCGCCAGCCCAUAUCAGCUCAACUUGAGCGUCAAGAAUUAAAAAACGCUGCCCGACCUCAGCCCGGGUCUCUCUUCCUCUCUCCAUAUCGUAUCCGCUUCCGUAUACUCGCACCCAACACACGCCCAUCCGGCCGCCCGCCCGGCGCCAUCAUCCCUGCCCCAUCCCGGGGCCCCGCCCUCGUCGUUUGCGAUGAACACGUCCUAUUCAGGCAGGCAUGGGUUUCGAAGCUUGACAAUUCGACCUACACUUUUGAUGCAUUCGAGAGGUUCCCUCAACAUUCUAGUGGCCCCCACGAUGGCAAAGAGGCGUGA